AUGCAUUUGAAGUAUCAGUUUGAAGCCAUUUUGCUUCGUUUGAUGGAAAUUGUCACUACGAUGAAUGCCCCAUUGGAACUUCGUGAUACUUGCAUUGAACAUUUAUUGCUUCUCUUUCGCCACAUUCCAUUCCUGCCACAUGAAUUAUUCUUCAACUUUGACUGUGACCCAUAUUCAUCAAAUAUUCUCGAGGACUUGCUUCAACUAUUCUCUAAGAAUUGUUUUACCAACUCUAGUACUCUAAACAACAUCUCCACGACAGCACUCAACUUUACAACACUUCAGAUGUUGUCUUUUGAAGCCCUCAUAUCUAACCUGAACAGUCUUCAGUUGGCAGAACUGAAUGAAAACAUUGUCUUUACCGCUAAUCCAGCAUCAAUGAUUGUCAAUGUUUCAAACAUUCAGGAGUUUAGCGAGAAAGUGCUGAAAAACGAUAACAACUACAAUGUAUGCGAUGAUGUGAAAAUUGAUAUUGAGGUGCACCAGCCUCUUCCCGAGGAAGUCACACCUGAGGAGACCACCGAAGUCAAAGAAGAGGUUGCACCAGUCGCUGAUUCUGGCGAUAUUGCCUCUACCACAAUUAACAAGUACUGUGUCACUUAUCUGUGUCCCGAUUCAUCUAGUCUGCUUCGAACAAGUCAGCAAAUUAUCGAGCUAAAACAGCGAAAGGUCCUACUUUGGGAAGCCACUGAAAAGUUUAACCAAAAGCCUGCCAAGGGCAUCGAGUUUUUGAAGGAAAACAAUCUCGUUGCAAAUGACGAUGAAAUUGUGGCUUUUUUAAAAAACAAUCCCAAGCUGGACAAAAAACAAAUUGGAGAGUACCUUUCGAACAAGAAAAACAUUGUCAUCCUUACAAAGUUUGUUCAAAACUUUGCCUUCAAAGACAUCCGAAUCGAUGAAGCACUUCGAUCCUACUUAGAGUCGUUCAGGUUGCCCGGCGAAGCUCCGCUGAUUUCGCUCAUUCUUGAGCAGUUUGCCCAACACUGGCAUGAUUCAAACAAUCGUCCUUUUGAAAACGAGGAUGCCGCAUUUAGUUUAGCUUAUGCCAUCAUCAUGCUCAAUGUUGAUCAGCACAACACGAACGCUAAGAGACUAACCAACUCUAUGACCGUCGAUGAGUUCAUCUCCAAUCUUCGUCAAGUGAAUGGCGGCAAGGACUUUGAUCGCAGCAUGCUUAGUGAUAUCUACUACAUGAUAAAGAACAACGAAAUCAUCAUGCCUGCUGAGCAGACGGGUGUCGUUCGAGAGAAGUACUUGUGGAAGUGCCUGCUAAAGAACUCUGAAACAGUAAACGGUAUUUACUGGUUUAAUGAUGUUCACUUUCAACAUGACUCGGGAAGAAUAGAAAACUACAGUGACUCUAAAGACUACCGAACGUUUAAAUUGAACAUUUUUAACAAACCAAUCUUUGACAUCUCUUGGCAACCCUCUAUUUCGACGUUGACUUUGGUUUUCGAUAAACUGAACCCUGACAAGCAGCCCACGUUGUCGCGAAGAGUUUUGAUCAACGGCUUUACCAGUUACUCGCUGUUGUGCUCCAGAUACGGCCAUUUGGAUGAUUUAAUUGUCAAUCUGUCCAAAUUUGUCAUUUCUCCGCGGAAAAUCACCAGCAAAAGUGAUCUUGUGGCACGCUGUCUUUUCGGAGUUACAAAGCAUUACGCUCAUGAGAUGCGCACCUCUUGGACCAACAUCGUUGAGCUGAUUCUCUUCUGGUACGACAACAAACUGCUUGACAAUGAUUUUGAAAUUGAAGAUUUUGCUGUUGAGGGAAAAAAGAUCAAAUUUAAUCGCAGACAAGUGAAGAAUGAACGGCAGCAGAAUGAAAGUGCAAACCAGUCUACCUUUCUCUCGAGCUUUUACUCCUACUUUGCUAGCAAUGCCGAUGAGGAGGACAAUGGUGAGAAUGCCGGUGAUGAUAACCGAUCGGCACAGAGCGAAGCCACUGACACCAGCAGCCCCAGUAUCACCGUCAACAACACUACCAACGAGUACUGCCAAGCACUAGUUCUAAUCAUUGAUGAAUCAAAGUUUCUGCAUAUUGAUUCGCUGAUUGAACUAAUCAAAGCGCUGAUAAAUGUUGAGUAUUGCCAAGAUUUUGACGAAGAUAUUGAAAUUUUCAAACUUGAAAUUCUAAUCAAAGUGAUUCUUUUGAACAG